AUGGCGGGCGGCGAUGGCGGCGGGCGCAGCCCCGGGGCCCGCCCGGCGCUGGCGCUGCGAGGGGCGAUGGCGGUGGCGAGCGGCGGGGGGCGGCUGCUGGCGGCGCGGUCCGGGCACAGCGGUGAUGAGAGUCUCUUCGUGUAUGAUUGCAGCAGUGCAGAGAAGCAGCCCUUAGGAGAGAAAGGGCAGGAUGGAAAAGGGACAGAUAAAGGAAGUGAUGACAUCCUGGCUUUUGCCUUCUCCCCAUCAGGAGAUUAUUUUGCUCUGACAGAUGACAACAAGCGCCUGAUUCUGUUCCGUACGAAGCCUUCCUGGGAAUGUGUUAGUGUCAGGUUUGUGAACAGGAGAUGCACAUCCCUGGUUAUCACAGCUGCAGAGGAUAAGAUUUUUGUUGCAGAUAAAUCUGGUGAUGUCUAUUCUUACUCAAUAACAGAACCUCAAUCAGAUGGAAAACUCGAGCUGGGUCAUGUCUCUCUGCUAUUGGAUGUGGCCCUGAGUCCUGAUGACCAGUAUAUCCUAACUGCAGACAGAGAUGAGAAGAUCAGAGUCAGCUUGACAAAGGCUCCCUACAGUAUUGUUUCCUACUGCAUGGGACACAGAGAGUUUGUAAGCAAAAUACUUGUAAUACCCGACUGUCCUGAUCUCCUGUUGUCAGCUUCUGGGGACUCGACUCUGAGACUUUGGGAGUAUAAAAGUGGAGAAGAAGUGCACUGCUGUCAGCUGAGUACCAUCUGUGGGUCUCAUGCAACCAAACCAGACCAGAAAUACACCGUGUCAAGAAUAACCUACUGCUGUCAAGGUGGUUAUGUUGCCAUUCUGUGUGACAGUAUUCCCACAGUCUACAUCUUUGAGCUUGAUACCACUGCCCAGCAGCUGGUUUACAAACAGCAGAUCUCUCUGAAACACAAAGGCUGGGACAUUGCAUUUGAGGAAACAGGACACCUGUGGAUUUUGCAGGAAGACAAGGAAGCUCCUCUUCUUUUGUACAGAGCAUGUGAUGGACAGUGGAAGGCUGUAACUGAUGACAAAGGAUUACAGAAGAUGUCAAAAUACAUUCAAGGCAACUGGACAGUGUUUGAAGGUUUUGUUGGUGCAGAGAGCUACUACAGUCACCUCUACAAGGCCUUGUUUGAUAACAUGGAUGAGUACCUGCAGAGGAAGGAGGAGAGGUUACAGCAGCAGAAGAAGAAAAGGCAGGAUCUGCAGCGUGGGUCCAGUGGACAGGCAAAAAAAAAGAUGAAGGCUGAAGAGCCAUCCUUAUGACUGCUGUGAGCUUGAGCUUUUACCUUGAGGAAAGGAAGUGAUUCAACUGUGGACUGUUUUUACAUAAAAAGUGAAUUAUGCAAAAUGACUGGUAUAAAAUUUAAUUCAGGUUUUCAGGCAGGUUGAUACAACAAUAUCCUGUUUGCAGCAAAUAAUACAUUACAACAUACUUAAACUUUCUAGCAGAAUACAGAGAUUCUGGGAAUCUCUGGUGCACAUUAUAUGAAUACUGGAGAUGGCAUUUUCCUUGAAACAGGAUUUUCUUUUUGCCUACUGUGUUCAGGCUUCUUCUGGUGGAAACAUGCUGAUUGAAGUGGAUGCAAUUUUGAUUUUAUUAGUUUUGGUU